CAAGAUACACCCUGUGAAUUAUCUUCAGGGACAUUUUAUAAUGUUGACACUCACCUCCACUCAGUAUCUUAAUAUGCUAGAUGAGAUGGAGUGAUAAAUGCGAUGUGAAAAACGUAAUUACACACACCAUCAGUUAUCAUGCUCUCAGAUAGCCAGCAGCACUGAGAACCUCACAGCUCCCAGAAGCUUUCUAGACAUUUUGGAUCUGUCCACUGGAUUAGCUCUACAGACAACAUGAGACUGGUUCUUCCCAACCCUGGGCUUGAAGAGAGGAUCCCCUCCCAUGAGGACCUGGAGAAAAUGGAGAAGGAGGAGGCUGGAGACAGACCCAAAUGGGACAACAAAGCGCAGUAUCUGCUCACCUGUGUGGGCUUCUGUGUGGGACUUGGCAAUGUCUGGAGGUUCCCUUACCUGUGUCAAAGCCAUGGAGGGGGUGCUUUUAUGAUCCCCUUUCUUAUCCUGCUCGUCUUGGAGGGUAUCCCACUGUUGUACCUGGAGUUUGCCAUCGGCCAACGCCUCAGAAAAGGCAGUGUAGGGGUUUGGGCUGCAAUCAACCCUUACUUGACUGGAGUCGGUAUUGCAUCCAUGACUGUCUCAUUCUUGGUGGGCAUGUACUACAACACCAUCAUCGCCUGGGUGAUGUGGUACUUUUUCAACUCUUUUCAAAGCCCCCUGCCAUGGAGCCAGUGUCCUCUCAAUGAUAAUCUCACAGAUGUAGUUUCAGAAUGCAAACGCAGCUCUCCAGUGGACUACUUCUGGUACAGAGAGACUCUGAACACCUCAGAGACUAUAGAAGAGGCUGGAGGUCUGCAGUGGUGGAUGGUGCUUUGUUUGGUGACUGCUUGGAGUGUGCUCUACAUAUGCUGCAUUAGAGGGAUUGAGACCACAGGCAAGGCUGUCUACAUCACAUCCACUCUGCCAUACAUAGUCCUCACUAUCUUCCUCAUCAGAGGACUGACUCUGAAAGGCUCUGUAGAAGGAAUCAAGUACCUCUUCACACCAGAUCUAGAUGAGUUGAUGAACCCAUCAACGUGGUUGGAUGCAGGAGCCCAGGUGUUCUACUCCUUUUCCCUGGCCUUUGGAGGUCUUAUCUCAUUCUCCAGCUACAACCCUGUUCAUAACAAUUGUGAGCAAGAUGCUGUUAUCAUCGCCAUUAUUAAUGGAUGUACUUCUGUCUAUUCUGCCACUGUUAUCUACUCCAUCAUCGGCUUCCGGGCAACAGAGCAGUUUGAUGCCUGCCUGAAUGAAAACAUCAUGAUGCUGCUGAAUGCAUUUGAUCUAACUGAGGGGAACAUCACAGAGAGCAACUAUGAUGAAGCGCUGCAAAACCUCAACAGUACGGUGGCAGGGCCCGAGAUCAUUCAGGGGCUGGGCCUCAGCACCUGCAACCUGAGGACUUUUCUGAGUGAUGGAGUGGAGGGAACAGGUCUGGCCUUUAUUGUGUUCACAGAGGCCAUCACAAAGAUGCCCAUUUCUCCCCUCUGGUCUGUCCUAUUUUUCAUCAUGCUCUUCUGUCUCGGGCUUUCCACCAUGUUUGGAAGUAUAGAGGGAGUUGUGGUUCCUCUGCAGGACCUAAACAUCUUUCCUAAGAAGUGUCCUAAAGAAGUGCUCACAGGAAUUGUAUGCCUCUCAUCCUUUGUGAUCGCGCUCAUCUUUGCUCUGCGGUCGGGUAAUUACUGGUUAGCACUCUUUGACAGCUAUGCUGGCUCCAUCCCUCUACUCAUUAUCGCCUUCUGUGAGAUGACCGCUGUAGCCUACAUAUAUGGAAUGGAUAGGUUUAACAAAGAUAUUGAAUUCAUGAUUGGACACAAACCCAACAUCUUCUGGCAGGCCAUGUGGAGAGUGGUCAGCCCUUUGAUUGUCUUGGUCAUUUUUGUGUUUUACUUUGCCACCAAAGUCAGCGCCAAACUUACAUACAUCACCUGGAAUCCAAGCUCGGCAAACUUUCCAGUGUUGGAGACACUAAUCUAUCCCACCUGGAUCAACAUUAUUAUCUUCAUUCUGGCGGGAGUUCCCAGUCUUUUGAUCCCCGGAUUUGCUUUGUAUAAAUUAUUCCAAAGAUGCUGCUGCAGCAAAACAAUAAAUGACAACAACAAAUUGGAGUGGGCUACUUGAUGAAGUCACAUUUCCCUCUAGAUGCAGAAAUAUGGUUUGUAUAUUCAAAUAUGCUGAAUCAUUAUGAAUAUUCUAUAAGAUUAUUAUUGUAUUUUUGGUGAAAAGAUAAGUAAGCAAUGCAAAACACUUACUUUCUGUUUCACACCUACUUGCUUGAGUUAAAUCUGAUCAACAGAUUUUAGGACGUUAAGAACUGACUCACAAAACAAUUUCAUUGUGGGGUCACUGUUAAUUAAAACCUACACAAAUACAUUAGUUAGUUUAUAUACUCAACUUUGAAAUAUACUAAGGCAACUACAAGGUUUCUGUUCUGGGUUCACUGUAUGUCCCUGUAUGUUAUUAAAUGACCUGUGGAGUAGUUUGUUGUUGUCAUUGUUUCCACAUGAAACUUUUUCUAUAACUCUAACUAUGUUAAUGCAAUAAAAAAAAG